AGAGAGCGGAGAAUUUCGAUUUCGAAGUUCGAGCCGAGCUACGUCGAAAAAUCGCCAGUUUUCAGCUUAAUACCCACCUUCCUGGUCAAGCCUGGGCACCGUAAUAUGUCUCGCCGUAUCUUGAGGGGCCAGCCCGUGCCGAUUUACAUUAGACUGACAGAAGUGAAUCAGUACAUAACAUGUCAUCUAUGUGGAGGUUAUCUAAUUGAUGCUACUACUAUAACAGAGUGCCUUCAUACUUUUUGUAAGAGGUGCCUUGUCUCAUACAUCAAGAAAAAUGAUCUUUGCCCAACGUGUGAUAUCCUCAUUCAUCCCUCUAAUCCAUUCUUGAGCAUCAAGCUAGAUCCAACAUUACAGGAGAUUGUCUACAAACUACUUCCAUACAUCCAAGAUGAUGAGAAAGCCAGGGAAGCAAGGUUUUGGAAGGAGAGGAAUCUUAAGCAGCCACAGAAAGAACUGCCACCUCCAGAGAAUGUUGUAUUGCCAAGAAAUACUGAGGUUCAUAUCGCAGUUCUUUUAGAGUAUGCAGGGGCAUCAGUUGGCUGUCCAGUCAUCAAGCCUCUAGAAAAGAAGUAUAUUCUUGUACCUAGCCGAGUGACUAUCUGCCAGAUACAGAGGUUCAUUGAGCACAAAUUAAACAUUGAAAGACCUCUUGAGGUUGACAUCGUCUGUGAGGAAGAUAUCUUAGAACCAGAUGUUAUGUUGAAGCAGAUAUGGGCUCAGAGUACAGAAGAACAGAUGGAGGAUGGUUUGUUAUGCCUCUAUUAUAGCAUAUCAAAUAUACAGGAAGAACCCAGCUGAUGAAGUCUUCCAAUCACUCCUUAAUACAUUUGGACAUAGUCAGGUGACCAGGAUGGAAUGGUCCCAUGUGAUCAGUCAUAUGACCAUUUACAAACUUUUAGGAAAUGUACUUUGAGUGUAGUGCAUGCAUUGCCUAAGACUACCCAAAUACAGAACUAUUUAUGGGUUAGCAUAAAUAUUUAUUUUCAAGAAAGGGAUUAGGUAAACCGAGUAUGGCAACCACACCAUUUAUAUAAAAAGAAGGUAGAUGUUUAGAAGAAUAAAAAAACAAACAUGGCUGUCAAAAUACUAUCCAAUGGGUUAGUCUUGACAUCAUGUAUAGUGGCUGAGUGGCUGUUUUAAGACUGGGCCCCAUCUUACAUAGAGUUGUGAUUGAUCUGAUUUAUCUCAGCUAUGAAAAACCAGUGACCCCUAAUAUCUUUACAUAUGUCACAUAUGUCCAUUCAUAGAGGUUGUUGCAACAAAUCAUUAAACAAUCAAUUGCAAAACUACAGUUGUAAAUUUACAAGUGAUGGAAUCAAUUCCAACUCAAUCAAAUUGAUUUCUACAUAUUGAUACAAGAAGUAGACGUCGAUCAAUCGCAUAUUUUUAACUAAUUGCAAUACUUAUGAUUGAUUUGGGGACCUAGAAUUGACUUGCAAUUGAUCGAAAGUUUCUUGCAACACUUCAGAGUCUUUUUUCUAUUUUCUAAAUAUGAUGAAAAAUCAUGCAUGCAUCAUGGUCAUGACAAGUCAGUCUGCUCAGAGUGAUUCCCAAAGUAUUGUUAGGGUACAUUUUAUGUAUGAAAAAUAACGACAAUGACGGUUUUCGGUAUUUAAGAUUGAAUGGAUCAAUCACACAACUCUUUGUAAUACUGGGUCCUUGGUGGGUGUUUCAUGAAGAUGUUUAAGUUACAAGUGACUUUCAAACGACUGGUAACCCUUUCUUAGGAACUAAACUAAUGCCAUUGGAAAUCUGGUGUGUAUUACUUAGCAUAAAAAAGGAUCACCAGUCGUUCAUAAAGUUGCUUGCAACUUACAAAUUCAGCCACCAGGGGCCCGUCGUAUAAAAGUUACUAUCAAGAUUACUUUGCCAUCCAUUGGUAAUUACCGUGGUAACGCUGAUCAACAGCCAAUCAGAAUCAAGGAUUCCAUGCAAGUGACCAUUGUAUGGCUAAGUUAACUUAAUGGCAACUUCUAUGCAACGGGGCUCAGGAAUGUGGACAGGAUAUUACUAUAUAAAGUGCCUAGUCACUAAAGAACAAAAGUGAUUUCCACAAAACUUGAGAAACAAGGUUUGUUACCCUCUUUAGUAAACACAAUUCACCUUUAUUUCUUAGCAUUCAAGAAAAAAAGGGUAUAUGCUCUGGGGUUAGUUGCAGAAAGAAAUGCGUUUAAACACAAGUCAAAAAAUCAAUCGCAAGUCCCAAAUGCGCGCUGUUGAUUGGUUGAAAAUGAAGUUGUGCAUGAUUUUAGAGUUGCGAUUGAUUGCAACUCUUUCUGCAAAGGGCCCCAGGUGAUAUGGAUCCUAAUCAAAUGAUUGACUUAAAUAUAUCACAUGAUCAGUCAUUUAAUUUAGCUAACAAAAAUUUACUACUGACUGACUGGUACUAAUAACUUCUGUCUAUUGACCGGUCAUGGUUUCGAGAGGAGCAGGGGCGGAUCCAGGAUUUUCCAAAAGGGGGGAGGGCACAUUUGACAAGCCCCCCCCAAAAAAAAAAGGUUUUCACUUACCGGGGGGGCACACUUGGGUAAAAACGGCAUAUUCACAUUAUAAAUUUUAAUUAUGGCUCUCAAAGAGGGGGUGCGGGAGGGGCACGGGUCAAAUGUACCCCCCCCCCCCCGGAUCCGCCACUGGAGAGGGAGGAUGUGGUUUUUCAAAUAACAAUGGUUGACAUCACUAUCUUAUAAAACAUAUAAUACACAUCAUUUUGCUAUUGAGGCAUUCAAAUUAUUUCACACACUUGUUACCUUUGAAAUAGUUUGGACAUGUUAGAACUAUUCCAAAGAUACAUUGUGCAUGCAAUUCUUACUAAUGUCCCAGAUGUGUAUUAUUUGUAUGAUAUUCCAGUACUAUUGCCAACUUUCAUGAUCAUGAUUAUUUUUUUCCUAUUCUUUAUUUUCCAAAUGAAUUGUACACCAACAUAAUCUCAUAAUUAAUGUCACAUAAAAACUAUAUGUUUCUUGAUUAUGUUUUGUAAUAAAACUUUUGUAGACAAUG